UCCUGCCUCGUCAGAGACUGAAAAAUGGGCACAAACGCGUCAUGUCUAUGCGGCGAGAUCUGUGUGGAUUUUCUAUUAUAUUCCAUCGCCUCACAACAGAACACACACAUACACACAUAUGCAUGUUCAAAUCUCAAAUAUUAUUACACAAAAUCACAUCUAACAGAAUAUGACAGAAUAUCAAUCUAGUGACGUCGGUUUUAUUGAGGGAUCGUUAGAGGCUUCAUUGUUGGAAAGCGAAAGUAAAACAGGAGGAAAAUCAGGAGCACGUUUGGAUUCUACCUGGUUUUUGUCUAUUUUAUCGUUUAUAUUGUUCUCCAUUAUCGUCUUGAACGCGUCUAUAACCGCUCAAAUUCAUCUAAAUCAGAUUAAUGUGAUUCAACGGACGAGUCUUUGUCUCCGGCAUGUUGUCGAUUAUUAUCGCUUUACUGCUGAAUCUCCUCAUAGAGACUUCUGUGUCAUUCAGUGUAGUGGUUCCUCGUGAUCCUGUAGUGGCUCAUGUGGGAUCCACAGUGAUUCUGCCCUGCUGGAUCAAUCCUCCUGAGAACGCUGAAGAUCUGGAGAUCUGCUGGUACCGUAAGGAGUUCAACAACCCUGUUCUCCACUAUAAAGAUGGGAAGAUCCAGGACAUCCAGGAGGAACCGUACAGGAACCGAACCUCUUUGUCUCCGCGGUCAGGUCAGUCUGGUGGACUGAAAGAUGGAGACGUCUCUCUACGGCUGGAGAAACUCAGAAUUCAGGAUGAAAAUUCAUUUCAUUGUUAUGUGAGUGGAGAAAGGUCAUAUAGCAGCGAAGAGGUGGUUCUCAAAAUUACAGCUUUAGGAUCCACUCCCGUCCUUGUUCCAAAGCUUCUAGAUGAUGGACGUGUGAACAUCAGCUGCAGGUCCAGCGGCUGGUAUCCAGAGCCCAAUGUCACGUGGACAUCAGAUGAUGGAAAGGUUCUCCAUCCUGGAGGAUCGUCUCACAGUCGUGGAGCAGAUGAGAUGUUCUCUGUUCACAGCUGGACGGCCGUCUCUCGGUCAGAUGCUCUACUGGUCUCAUGUUCAAUAUCCAUCAUAACUGGAGAGUUAAAAGAAAGUAGGAUGGAUGUACAGGCCAUCGUCGUUUCAGAUUCAUCAGGUCUAUGGAAGGGUCCUUUCCUGAUCGUUCUCAGUGUUCUCCUUUGUUUGAUUCUGGGUUUGGUUGGAUUGAUCCUCUACAAAUACAGAGAUAAACUAACCGGGAAUAAAUCAGCAAAUCAAAAUUGUGAGGAGGGAACUAUGAAGAACCUGAAAAACAAAGUUGUUGAAGAUAUGACUAUAGAAGAACUGAGGCAACAUGCAGUUGAGAUCACUAUUGACCGUGAACAUUCACAUCCAGAUCUAACGGUUUCUAAGGACUGUAAAAUCAUGAGGGACAGUCCACGAUAUGAUCACACUGGAGAGGGAUUUCCAUAUGAAUUAUGUGCAUUUGGAGCACAAAGAUUCACCUCUGGUCGUCACUAUUGGGAGGUAGAGCUGGGACGGGAAAAUACCCCUGCUAAAAACUACUGGUUAAUUGGUGUGGUGAAACAUGGAAAUUUUAAUGUAAGAAACAGAUCUGCUUUAACUCCAUCAAGUGGUUUCUGGUUCUUGUGUUCAGACGGUUCUAAUGGUUUUCACACCAACACCGUAACACCAGUUACAUUCUCACUGACACCGAGACCUGAACGACUGGGAGUUCUGUUAGAUUAUGAUGAGGGUCAGCUGUCAUUUUACAACAUCAAAGAGAGUAAACAUCUCCUGACCAUCAGCACCAGAUUCUCUGGAUCAGUCGUUCCUCUGUUUAAUCCUGGUGUGGGUGAUGACAGUCCACUUACAAUUCUGGGUUGUCCAGAACCUGUAGAAUCAGCUGAAGAGUCCAGUCAACCUUUACUGAGUAAAAACAGCUCAAACGUCUGACCGAGCAAUGCAGUGUGUUUAACAGAAGGUACAAUUUCACUCUAAUGCUCUGAGCAAAGCAUUGUUAGAUGUGAGAGUUUAUCAGAGUGGAAACAAACAAGACGACAAAAAAAAAACAGAAACCCCAUAAAACAGAGACCAA